UCUUUCAGAUAUAAUUUCGAUACAAGUCCCAAAAUUUGUACAAAAAUUACCUAAACAUGGCUGGCUAUGGAAGUCUCUGUAUGCGAGGCGUACGUUUUUGGAUGAGAAAAUCCAACAGCUCCCGUGGCUGCAUCGCCCCCAAGAAAUGUGCAGAGGAAAACCCCCUACGGAAACUCAAAUCCACAAGCAGCAGCAGCAAGGCCAGCGAAGAUACAAACACUUUCAGGAGAAUCAGAAAGAUCUCCGUCUACAGUCUGCUGGUGGGAAGCUUCUGCAGUGCCGUGCUUUGGGCCAUCUACGAAUUGGGCAAGCCAGAGAUGGAUCAGCAUGGUCUGCCCAUCGAAGAUGAAUUCAGUGGCUUGCCUUGGCUCCGGGCGUAUCUGGAGAGGAUGUGGCACUCGCUGCAGUAUUAUCAGAAAAUGCUGGAGGAACCACUGCCCGUGAAGCUGCUGCCGGACACACUACCGCCGCCCUACAUUCAGCCACCGUAUACCCUGGUCCUGGAGAUCAACGACAUUCUGGUGCAUCUGGAUUGGACCUACCAGACGGGCUGGCGCUUCAAGAAGCGCCCCGGCGUCGACUUCUUUCUGCGCAAGUGCAGCAAACACUUUGAGAUCGUGGUUUACACCUCGGAGCAGGGCAUGACCGCCUUUCCCCUGCUGGACGCCCUCGAUCCCUAUGGCUACAUCAGCUAUCGCGUGGUGCGCGGCGACACGGAGCUGGUGGAGGGGCAGCACGUGAAGAACCUGCUCAAUCUCAACCGAAAUCUGAACCGUGUGGUGGUCGUGGACUGGGAUCGCAAUGCCACGCCCCAACAUCCGGAAAACGCCUUCAUUAUGGCCCGCUGGCUGGGCAAUGAUGACGAUGUCCAGCUCUUCGAUCUGACGGCGUUCCUGGAACUGCUGGCCGAACACCAAGUGAACGAUGUGCGGGAGAUCCUCAAAUAUUACAGCCGCUUUGAGGAUCCCAUCGAGCAGUUCAGGGAGAAUCAGCGGAGGCUUCUUGAGAUUGAGCAGCAGACCAAACGGAAAAUGGUUCAACCGCAACGGCACUGGACGGCCAGCCUGCUGGGACGAUAUUCCAAAGGUACUGAGGAGUAGACUAGUCAUUGUUCAAAAUAAAUGAAAGUUCCCAGUCAAAAUAAUUUGUUGUCGAUAAUUAUCGAUAUAUGAAAUUAUCGAUAAAUUAUUACAGUUGAAAAUCUGGUUCAGUUGAUUCUAUCUAGA